AAACUUUGAAUGAUUUAAACCCUUUUCAGUAUAAGUCAUGAUGUAAACUUUGAGAUCGUCCCUAAAAUCAAUAAUGAAGUGCCUCAGGUGAAACUUUCAAUUAUAACUUCAGUAUUCACGCGGAAAUGGCGAAUGCAAGUUCGUUUACAAAAUACAGAAGUUGGAGUACUGUGUCGGAGGAUCCCAAUGAUGUAGGGAGAAUUUAUACACCCGAAACUCCAGCCCAAAAGAAACUUAAAAGAACUUUCAGCACAUGGGCAUUUUCUUUGGUUAUUUUGAGCUUAAGUGUUAUGUUUUUAGUCGGAUUAAUGGUUGGAUAUUUUUUGAAAGAAUCUCAUGAAGAUGAAAGCAGUUUUGGAAAAAGAAGGGAUAAAAUUGACUCUCACAUGCUUCAUUCUGUACAUGAAAACAUCAUGUAUUUUAUUUCAAAUGACAAUGUUCGAAAAAUAUCAAGAGAUUUGAAGUUAUUGAAAGAUGUAAGACAAACAGAAUAUGUGAAGAAAGAAUUACAGACCUAUGGAUUGGACCGUGUAGAAGUCCAGGAAUAUGAUGUAGUGGUGACCUAUCCUGAUCCAGCCAGACCAAAUCAACUAGUAGUCAUUAACUCCUCAGGACGGGUGUUGAAGAAUGUAACACUGGGUAAAUCCAAGGUGACCAACAAAGUAGAAGAAAUUAUUAAGGAUGGGAGAGGAGAUGUAACAAGGCUGUCACCAAAUGAAGUUGAGGUAUUCAACUUCCAGGGAGAACUAGUAUAUGGUGAUUAUGGUAGAAAUAUGGACUUAGUUAAGAAGAAUCGAUCUAUGUCUCUCCAGGGCAAGGUGUUGAUGAUCCGACAAGGAGAAGUAUCCAUAAAGGAGAAGAUUAGAAAUGGCAUCACCUUUGGUGUGAGAGGUAUAUUGAUACAAAAUACAGAGGAAGAAAAAAUGGCAGACAUCACUGACUGUCUAGAUACAAGCCAACAGUAUCCAUUUCCAGUACAGAUGUUAUCCAGAAAUAUUUCUGAACAGUUACUGAUGUAUUAUUCAACACUAAAUAGAAAUGUAUCUGUAAGAUUGAUGUCAAAUUAUAUGCAGAUAACACAGAGUGUCAAGAAUGUGGUCGCUAGUAUAACAGGAGAUUUAGAACGAGAUAGAUUUAUCCUGAUUGGUGCCUCCAGAUCAAAGCUACAAGUAGGUACCAGCUAUCUGUUAGAGUUAGCCAGAAGUUUUAAAGACAUGCAGAGAGGAAAUGGAUGGACUCCAUGGAGAAGUGUCAAAUUUUAUUCCUGGGACCAUGAUGGUAUCUCAGAUCUGGGUUUUAGUCAGUACCUUAAGAUGCAGACCAUGUCCACCCAAUCAUCAGCUGUAGCUUACAUUGACCUUGACCUUGCACAGAUUAGUAAUGGAUCUCAUUGGUUACAUCUAGCAGGAAGUUCAAUGUUCUCUGAACUUGUUAGCAGUGUGGUAAAGGAGGUUCCAGAUCCAAAUAACGAUAAUUUAGUAUUAGAGAACACAUGGGAUGGUUUGUUACACAAUAUGAAAACAGAGACAAAGAUCCAGCAGUUUGGGGUACCAGUCUUUCAUGCUUCUGUAUCACAGACACAUAACCUUACUCAGACAUCAGAUGAUGAUCACCAUCACAUGUACAGUUUAGCAGCAGCAAGAGUUGCUUCCCUUGUAACACUUAGACUGUUGGAUGAGGAACUUCUACCAUUCAAUAUAACAUUCUUUACUAGUAAUGUUUAUAAUGCUAUAAUGAAAACAGUGCUGUUGAUAAAAGAAAGCAGUUCAAAACUUUUAAGUACAGAUAUUAUACUCGAACAGGCAACUGAAUUGAAAAAUGCAGGAAAGACAUUUUCUGAAUACAUUCCACAACUUUUAAAAUCCAAGGAUCGUUUAGCAGUGAGAAGAAUAAAUGAUGCAAUAAUGAGAUUACAGAGAAUUUUAUUAAUGCCAAAUAAAUACAGAUCUCAUUACUCACUUUUGCAAGAAAGUAAAACAGAGGGACUUUCGUCUUCCAUUAAAAACUUGUUACCAUUAGCAACAGUAACUAAUGACUACAGCCAAAUACAGUGUUUAUUAAAAAGCAUUGGACAAGUUUUACAUGAAGCAAUAUUUUGUUUGCAAAGUAUUUGAUGUAUGUUUCAAAACUUUGAUUUUAAUUGUUUGAUACUGUUGAAUGGUGGUCAAAGAGAGUUAGUUGUUUUCCAAGUAUUUAAUGCAUUAAUCUGUAUGAUGAUACAUACUUGAAUUUCUGAGUAGAAGACCAUUUGAAUACUACUCCUAUUUUUGGAUUUAUAGAUGUGAAUUUUUUAAAGAAGAGUAGUUUAACCAUGUUCUUUUAUUUUGCUAUGAAAGACAGUUUACUUAAAGUUUUAAAACUUAUUUAUUGGAAUAAAUGUAAAUUGUAAAAAUUCAUAAAGCAAGUGAAACAUUUUAAAACAACAGCCUAUGAUUUUGUUUAUAUGAUAGAGUGAAUGUGAUGUUGAUUUCCAUAGAAAUCUAUAGAUUUUGGUUUUAUAUAAUUAAUUUUUUAUCUAAUUGUCCAAUCAUUUAGAAAUUUGACACACAAGUCUUUUAGACAAUAAUAUAUGACCAAAUUGAUUUUAAAAAUUCCAACUUGAGUUACUAACUAAAGACAGAAAAUUUAAGGAACAGUACCAAAGCAGCCAGAAUUACAGAUUUUCACACUGUAUGUAAUAUGUUUUUUUCAGUUUUCAUCAAGUACACAGCUUUUUUGAAAAUACAUUUCAUGUAAAUAAGCUAGAAAAACACUUAUUUGCACUUUGUACAGUUUCACUUUGAUCCUACUGCCUAGAUUGUUAGGUCAAGAACAGGGUGUGAGUGAUACUUAAAAAAACCAGGCAAUGAUUUCACAUAACAAUGCAUUAUCGUGACAUUUUCAUGUCAGUCCAUAUCAAUUUAUCAAUGAAAUGCAUGCACCGUCAUUCAUUCAACUGAACAACUAAAACAAUACUUUGUACACAUACAAAUAGUUUUGACAACUGCUUCAUGUAAUUUCAUAUUCUAAACCAAACAAAGGAUAUAGUUAAGACAAAUUGCAAAUAAAAAUAAUAAUGGCAUUUUAUUUUUUAAUACGUACCUCAUCAGUUGAAAUAUCUGCUUGCCUGGUCAGGGUCGCCUGAUAUUCUUGCUGAUAAAGUUAAUAUAGAAACAGAAAUACCAUUAUUUUUUAUGUAUUUACUUGUUGCUGUGGUCAUGUAAUGCUGCCAUUGUUAUAGCCCUUUAUUUAAGUGAUCUAUAAAAUAAAUAUUUUUUUGUGUUUCUCAAGAAAUAUUUACUAUAAAAAUGAGUUUUUCAGAACAAAUUGUAAAGAUGAAUGUUUGGUACUCUGUUGCACUCAAUGUAUGAAAGAGAACUUGUGAAAAAGAGAAAGAAUGAAUAAAAAAAUGAACUUUACAUUCAUGAAAGGCAGCAACAUUUUUUAUCAAAUGAAAAGUGAGCUCAAAUAUUUUGUCCAUGCACUUAGGUAGAUGAUUUUACAGAGUGCAUUCCUGAAUAAUUUUUGUCAUUGUAAAUUAUAUUAUCGUAUGAUGGUCAAUAAAAGUUUUAAUUAA